AUGCACCCGUUCCCUUCAAACAUACAGGGCAAGACUGAGAUCAAGGUCAUCAAGGGCUGUGUUGAGGUCGCCGCUCCCCUUGGCCAGGUACCACCUCCCGUACGUGAGAAGACCCGCGAGAUCUUGAGGUUGUCGACACUCGAUUGGAACAAGGAACUCGCCACCAAAGUCCUCGGCCCCAACUAUUUCAUUCACACCUCUAGAACAGCUCCCAAUCUUAGCCGUGUCGAUAUUACUAGUGGAUCUGACCCCUUCUACAAGCAAUGGGUCAAGACCACGGCUAGGAAUAACAUCGGGCGCCGUCUCAAUGAAGGCUUGAAGGCUCUUGUAGUCGAGUUGGGCCCUAUAGAAGAAGGCUAG